CCCGUCCAAUUUUAUCAACAUUUGGACCACCAUGUCGGAGAAUAUGUGGCAACUGUAGACGCUGCAAAGGUUGAGAGGCAACCCAGGCAAAAGGCAAGACCGUUAUGUUAUGGAUACGAUAGCGAGCCAUCGGGUGAAUGAGUUCUCCGGGAGGAAGAGGCAGCAGAAAGAAGCGAGGCCCUGCAGGGUCCCCGCCCGACGGAGGGGCCACCUGCGACCAGGUGUCACUACAUAAACGAAAUUUGUAUUACUUCUCAUACCCACUGCUGGCAUUGUUUGCAGUGCUCCGUGUCCUCGUGUUGCAUUUUGGCGAACUCUUCGUCUGGCUGUGCGAGCGGAUGUCUCGUUCUAUGGCUGCGAGACCCAAACAACGGGCAGCAGAUGAGCAUGCGAACAAGGUGUGCGAGCAGGACAUCGGCGAGCAGAUCCGAAACCACCACAAACAAGCAUUCGAGUACAUCUCAGUGGCUCUGAGAAUUGACGAGGAUGACAAAGUGCACAAGGAACAGGCAGUCCAGUGGUACAAACGCGGAAUCGCGGAGCUCGAGAGGGGCAUCGCGAUCGAGGUAGCUGAAAACGGCGAGAAAUAUGAACGUGAUAAACGUCUACAGGCCAAGAUGAUCACCAAUCUGAUCAUGGCAAAGGAUCGCCUGGAGCUUUUAGAAAAGCUGCGUUCAGGGCCAGCUCAGAGAGACAUCUAUGCAGAGAGCUCAAACCAGUCAUACCAUAACGGUUAUCUACGCUCAGUAAGUGGAGCCGUACCCAAAAAGAGGGACUCCCUGACUACUCACUCCAGUCACUCCCUCCCACGACCAAAGCAUACGCCAAAAAAAACCUUGCCGGCAGGCCACGGGGGCCUCCAGCGCUCCCCCAGCUUCAUUGGGCCCUCCAGCAGUCACACACAGCACAGACUGGUCCCCCAGUCCAACAGAAACAAGAGUAAAACAGGCAACCGGCAAAACUGUAAACCCACCACCACUCCCACAUCCAUGUCCCCACUGAAGAAGAGGGAUAUGAAGAACUUGAAGAAUGUGGACAGCAAGCUUGCCAACCUCAUCCUCAGCGAGAUCAUAGACAGUGGCUCAUCUGUGAGGUUUGAGGACGUUGCUGGCCAGGAGCUGGCUAAGCAGGCCCUACAGGAAAUAGUCAUCCUGCCUGCACUAAGGCCAGAGUUGUUUACAGGCUUGAGGGCUCCAGCACGAGGCCUUCUGCUCUUCGGUCCUCCUGGCAAUGGAAAGACGAUGCUGGCUAAAGCAGUGGCCAUGGAGUCCAACGCCACAUUCUUCAACAUAAGUGCAGCCAGCUUGACCUCGAAAUAUGUGGGGGAGGGAGAGAAGCUGGUGCGAGCUCUGUUUGCCGUCGCUAGAGAACUGCAACCCUCGAUCAUCUUCAUAGAUGAGAUCGACAGUCUACUCUGUGAAAGGAGAGAGGGAGAGCAUGAUGCCAGCAGACGACUGAAGACAGAGUUCUUGAUUGAAUUUGAUGGCGUGCAAUCUGGUGGGGAUGAACGGGUGUUGGUGAUGGGAGCCACCAACAGGCCUCAGGAGCUGGACGAGGCUGUUCUUAGGCGAUUUGCAAAACGGGUGUACGUGGCUUUACCAACAGAAGACACCCGGCUAAAACUGGUCAAGAACCUUUUAGGGAAGCAUGGGAAUCCUCUCACACAGAAAGAACUGUCCCAGCUUGCCAGAAUGACAGAAGGCUACUCUGGCAGUGACCUGACCUCGCUGGCCAAAGAUGCGUCCCUCGGUCCCAUCCGAGAGUUGCGUCCAGAACAAGUCAGGAACAUGGCCGCAAACGAGGUGAGGAAUAUCAGGUUCUCUGAUUUCGUGGAGUCACUGAAGAAGAUCAAAAAGAGUGUCGGACCACAGACGCUGGACCUGUAUGUGCGCUGGAAUAAGGACUAUGGGGACACCACGGGUGCAUGAGACAAGAGGGGACACACAUGUAGCCUCUGUCCUAACCCUGAACCGCCAUUGAGGCAGUGGAUUGAAAAGUGUUUUAAACAGAGAUUUUUUUUUUUCAUUAUUGUUUUUAACUCUAAGGUCAUAGGACUGUUCGAAUAAACUAUUUAUUGUGUGUUAUGAUACGGCUGUUGUCUUCCAAACUAUUAUAGUCAGUGAUUUUAUAAAUAAAUACAUAUAAAUGUCCUUCAAUUUGAAAUUAUUCAUAAAAACGGUACCUUGAGAUAAGGCACAUAUACAAUGCAUUCGGAAAGUAUUCAGACCCCUUGACUUUUUCCACCUUUUGUUGCGUUACAGCUUUUUUAUUUUAUUAUUCCCUCGUCAAUCUAAACACAAUGCCCCAUGAUGACAAAGUAAAACAUGUUUUUAGAAAUGUUUGCUAAUUUAUAAAAAUAAAGUAAAAAUAUAACAUUUACAUAAGUAUUCAGACCCUUUGUUGAAGCACCUUUGGCAGCGAUUACAGCCUCGUGUCUUUGGUAUGACGCUACAAGCUUGGCACACCUGUAUUUGGGUUAGUUUCUCCAAUUCUUCUCUGCAGAUCCUCUCAAGCUCUGUCAUGUUGGAUGGGGAGCGUCACUGCACAGCUUUUUCAGGUCUCCAGAGAUGUUCGAUCGGGUUCAAGUCCAGGCUCUGACUGGGCCACUCUAGGACAUUCAGAGACUUGUCCCGAAGCCACUCCUGCAUUGUCUUGGCUGUGUUCUUAGGGUCUUUGUCCUGUUGGAAGGUGAACCUUCACUCCAGUCUGGUGCCAGGUUUCCUCCAGACAUGAUGCUUAGCAAUCAGGCUAAAUCGUUCAAUCUAGGUUUCAUCAGACCAGAAAAUCUUUUGGCAAACUCCAAGCAGGCAGUCAUGUGCCUUUUACUGAGAAGUGACUUCAGUGCUGUAGAGAUGGUUUUCCUUCUGGAAGGUUCUCCCAUCUCCACAGAGGAGCUCUGUCAGAGUGACCAUCGGUUUCUUGGCCACCUCCCUGACCAAGGUCCUUCUCCCCCGUUUGGCCAGGCAACCAGCUCUAUGAAGAGUCUUGGUGGUUCCAAACUUCUUCCAUUAAAGAAUUCAUGGAGGCCACUGUGUUCUUGCUGUUCUUGCUUCAAUGCUUUUUGGUACCCUUCCCCAGAUCUGUGUCUCGACACAAUUCUGUCUCGGAGCUCUAUGAACAACCUCAUAGCUUGGUUUUUGCUCUGACAUACAAUGUCAACUGUGGGACCUUAUAUACAGUAGACAGGUAGGUGUGAGCCUUGCCAAAUCAUAAUUUCCAAUCAAUUGAAUUUAACACAGGUGGACUCCAAUCAAGUUGUAGAAAUAUCAAGGACGAUCAAUGGAAACAGGAUGCACCUGAGCUCAAUUUCGAGUCUAAUAGCAAAGGGUCUGAAUACUUAUGUAAAUAAGGUAUCUUUUUUUAUUUGGAAUACAUUUUCACAAAAAUAUAUUUAAUUUUGUCAUUAUGGGGUAUUGUGUGUAGAUUGAUGAAAAAUGUGUAUUUGCUCAAUUUUAGCAUAAGGAUGUAAUUUUAACAAAAUGUGGGAAAAGUCAAGAGCUCUGAAUACUUUUGAAUGCACUGUACAUAAUGUUUGUGUGUAACGUCCCUCCAACAAGAGAGGCCUUAGUCGUGUGCGUGGGUCUGUGCCUUUUUGUUUUUUGUUUUUCAAAACAAAAUGGUGCUUCUUCCCUUUUCUCUGGCCAUUCACCUUAGUGACAGCAGCCCUUACAAAGAAAAUAUUGACGUUUUGAAACUGCUGUAAAAGUGCAGUAACUGCAAUCGCCUGGUAUUUUUGAUGGAGUAAUUGCUGAAUGCAGUUAUUCUGCACUCUAACUGCAGGUACACUGCAAAAUUACUGCAGUAAAAAAAAAGUGUUAUUUUGGAUGCAGUAUUUGCAGCAUACUGCAGUUAUACUGCAAAUGUUUUUCUUAAGGGAGGGUUUUUAAAAUGAACACUGCCUUUUUACUGAGACGCAUUGGAAUACUGUGCCAACAUACUUGCAAUCAAGACUCCAAUUCAAUCAAUGACAAAUCUGGACACUACAAUGUGGCUUCUCUCAGAAUGUUAACACUGUCACAGGUGUGGUUUGGCAUCGAUAUAGAACAAUGUCUGUGAAAACCGCUCAUUGGGGUGUUGAUUUAAACUUGAUCCACACUUCCGAUAUAGAAAAGAAAAUCUGAAUUAAACCCCAAUGCAGUUUAACUUUCUCUGCAACUGAUUUAAAAGGGGUCUUGUGUUUCCUUUAGGUAAACCAGCUUAAACUGUUUUGAGUAGCUUCCCACUGGGGCCACACUGGUUGAAUCAACGUUGUUUCCACGUCAGUUCAAUGAAAUUACAUUGAACCAGAGUGGAAUAGACAUUGAAUUGACGUCUGUGACCAGUGGGCUACUUUUACGAUGUCAAACAUAAAUCAGGGCUUUUGUAAUGCAUUUGUGUAAAAUAUGACAGGAUACUCCCUCCCACUUUACAAAGUAUGUGUUUCUGUGUGUAGAAGGAUUUGCUAUGAAUGAUUCUAGCUUUAUAGUAUCUUGUGUAAGAUAUGUUGCAACCAGUUGCUUAGUUAACUUUUUUUACAAUGCUUGUUCCGCUUGAUAGUUAGAGACCUCACCACUGUAUUAUUUGUUGCUUGUUUACACAAAUACUUCAUUGCUACAUUUGGACUUCAUGGUUUCAAGUGAAUCGCCUAUUCCCCUCCGACUCACCUCUGGACCUCGAAACCAGUUCCACUGCUUUUUUUUCAUUGUUCCCCUCUAAUCAGGGACUGAUUUUAGACCUGCGAAACCAGGUGUGUGCAAUUAAUUAUAAAGUAGAACAGAACCAGCAGGCUCUGGAUCUUGUAGGAUAAGAGUUGAAUACCCCUGCCCUACUCUUUGAACGUCAUGCUGUUGUCCCACUCCAAACCAAGAGGGGGCAGCAAAAGUUAGAUGGUGUGUAUAUUAGACUAUUUGAGACAUCGGAAUUGUGAAUGCUUAUUUAUUCAAGGCAACAUUUUGCAGACAUUUGCCCUGUACAUGCUCAGGUUGUACAACUGAUAUAGCUUACAACAAAUUUGUCAUGAUUGUGUGAAACCUGGGUUUCAGACAAACUUGUAAAAAAAUAACAAACCUUGUGUCAAAUGUGUUGUACAACAUGAGUGUUUACAGGGCCAUUGUGACUUCGAGUGAUUUGGGUUUCCAUGCUCUCAAAGUCUUAAAAAAAUGAAAUGAAUAAGGACCUCAUACAUGUCACACAUACAGGACCUCAUAUUUAGAAAUGCGUCAACCACAGCAAUGCGUUACACGUCGCUGAACGAUAUUACUAUUUGAAGUUAUGUGUCAACUAUAAAUGAAUGUUUCUUCAAUAGCAGUUUGGAAAUGUAAAGCUGGAGUGUCUGUAGGACUUAUUGCCUCUGUUUUUUUAAAGGAAUUAUUUAUUGAA